AUGGCUGGUGUUCGUGAGAGUGCGAGGGCUGGCGAUGGCGGCGGCUGGUCGUCGUCUCCGGAGAUAGUGAGUCUCGAUGAGGCAGUGCGGUUACAGCGAGCUGGUGAAGAGCAGCUUCGUCGCAGUGGUAGCGACGGACCUGUCGAUUAUGGUGAGAGCAGUAGUAGUCGGGGUCGAGAUGGCGAAGCUGGCCCAAGUGGGGGGUCGUUGGGAUCGUUGGGAGUAUUGUCUGAUGCUUAUAAUGGUCAGAAUCAGGGGAAUGUGCCAGAAGAAGAAGGAGAUGACGAGCAUGAAGAGCAUGAGGAGCACGAAGAGGAUAUAUUUGGCAUCUCUAAGUUUGCCGGUGACUUCGCGGAACUGGUAUCAGCAGUGGGUAAUCGUAUUAAUGAGAUGUCUGAAACGGCUCGAAAGAGUGUGGCAUCCAAUCACCAACAUUUGGUUCGCAAUGAGAUUGCAAUUGCCGACGACCAGAUGGCACAGCUGAAGAGUGUGCUGACUGAAUGCGAUGAUCUGGAGCUCGAACUCAUGAAGAUUAGACAGAUUGGCGAGAUAGCCAAAUCGUUUAAAAUCCGCAUGCUGGCAAUUGAAGAGCAGCUAGCGCGUCCCCGGUGA